AUGUCUGAUAAUACCACAAAUCCUGACGUCGACGCACUUUUCGAAGAUGAUCCAGGACCAUUAGACGAAGUUGUAGACGAUGACGACGACGACUUGAAGUUGGAUAGUGCUGAUACCAAAGUCUGGCUUGUUAAAGUCCCUAAAUUUCUUGCUGACAAGUGGAAGAAAGUAGAUCAAGAUAACGUGAAUCUAGGAAGUGUACGAAUUUACAGCGAAGCACCACCGGGACGAUCCAGUGCUAUUUCGCUAGUAUUACCAGAGAACGAGACGGAUAAUAUCCCUCGUGAGUACAGUAUCCAUAUUCCACAAGGUGAAGUGAUGAACAAAUACGUCUUCACCCAAGGAGAACAUGGAGUCAAAUCAAUCAACGGCACAGUACAUCAUGAAUGUUCAGCAACACCCACACAGUUUGAACCGUAUCGAGGUAUUAUGCGAAAACGCGUUUUGGAUGCCGGCACGCCUCAACGCACUGUUCAAGUGCUGGGCCAAAACAACCAACCCGUAUUUGUACCUGGCGCCAGCAGUGCAAUGCAAAGCACGGGCUUUUCAGAUUUCAUUGUUGUCUUACACAUGUGCAAAUGUAUAUCGUUGAUUUGUUAUAUUGUCUAUCAGCAAUCCAAAAAGCAAAAGACAGACAACAAAGAAAAGGCCACGCGUAUGCCAAGAAACGAGCUUAUGGACGUACUCUUUGCUGCAUUCGAAAAGUACCCUUACUGGUCAUUCAAGGGUAUUUUGGAGCAUACCAAACAACCAUCACAAUAUCUCAAGGAAGUGCUCUCCGAGAUUUGUAUUCUGAACAAACGAGGUCCGUAUGCAAGCAAUUAUCAAUUAAAACCAGAGUACAAGCAACGGCCGUCUGCGGCUGAGCUUGCAAGCGCUGCUGCUGCGAGCAGCAGUAAGGAUGGUGAUGAUGGCAGUAAUGCAUCUUCAGGCGAUGAGGAGGAUGAAGAGGUCAUGGAAACUAUCAAUGUUUAA